AUGGAGGUGCAGUUAGGACUGGGGAGGGUCUACCCCCGGCCACCAUCCAAGACCUAUCGAGGAGCUUUCCAGAACCUGUUCCAGAGCGUGCGCGAAGUGAUCCAGAACCCGGGCCCCUGGCAACCUGAGGCCGCGAGUGCAGCACCUCCCGGUGCCCGUUUGAAGCAGCAGCAGCAGCAGCAGCAGCAACAGCAGCAGCAGCAGCAGCAGCAGCAGCAGCAGCAGCAGCAGCAGCAGCAGCAGCAGAUCAGCUCUCGCCAGCAGCAGCAGCAGCAGCAGCAGCAGCAGCAGCAGCAGCAGCAGCAGCAGCAGCAGCAGCAGCAGCAGGUUGAGGAUGGCUCUUCCCAAGGCCACACAGGCUACCUGGCCCUGGACGAGGAGCAGCAGCCUUCACAACAGCAGUCAGCCUCCGAGGACCAUCCCGAGAGCGGCUGCGUCCCACAGCCCAGAGCUGGCGCGACCGCUGGCCAGGGGCUGCUGCAGCAGCCACCAGCACCUCCAGAUGAGAAUGACUCAGCUGCCCCAUCCACGUUGUCCUUACUGGGCCCCACUUUCCCAGGUUUAAGCAGCUGCUCCGCCAACCUUAAGGACAUCUUGAGUGAGGCCGGAACCAUGCAACUCCUUCAACAGCAGCAGCAGCAGCAGGAGGCAGUAUCGGAGUGCAGUACUAGCAGCAACAACAGCAGCGGGAGAGCCAGGGAGGCCGCUGGGGCUCCCACCUCCUCUAAGGACAGUUAUCUAGGGGGCACUUCGACCAUUUCGGAUAGCGCCAAGGAGUUGUGUAAGGCAGUGUCAGUGUCCAUGGGCUUGGGUGUGGAGGCAUUGGAGCAUCUGAGUCCUGGGGAACACCUUCGGGGGGAUUGCAUGUACGCCCCACUCCUGGGAGGUCCACUCGCUAUACGUCCUACUCCUUGUACCCAGCUGGCUGAAUGCAAAGGUUCUCUACUGGACGACGGCCCAGGGAAGGGCACUGAAGAGACUGUUGAGUAUUCCCCUUUCAAGGAAGGUUACGCCAAAGGGCUGGAAGGUGAGAGCCUAAGCUGCUCUGGCAGCAGCGAAGCAGGGGGAUCCGGGACACUUGAUCUGCCGCCCACCCUGUCUUUCUAUAAGUCCGGAGCACUGGACGAGGUAACAGCCUACCAGAGUCGCGACUAUUACAACUUUCCACUGACCCUGGCCGGGCCGCCGCCACCUCCACCCGGCCACCAUUCCCACGCCCGCAUCAAGCUGGAGAACCCCAUGGACUAUGGCAGCACCUGGGCAGCUGCAGCAGCACAGUGCCGCUAUGGAGACAUGGGGAGUGUGCACGGUGGGGGUGCAGCGGGACCUGGAUCCGGUUCGCCCUCAGCCACUGCAUCCUCUUCCUGGCACACUCUCUUCACAGCUGAAGAAGGUCAGCUGUAUGGGCCGUGUGGUGGUGGCGGUGGAAGCGGCACAGGUGUGGAAUCCGGGACCAUGGCCCCCUAUGGCUAUACUCGGCCACCUCAGGGGCUGGCAGGCCAGGACAGUGACUUCACUGCACCCGAUGUGUGGUACCCCGGUGGCGUGGUGAGCAGAGUGCCGUACCCCAGCUCCAGUUGUGUCAAAAGCGAGAUGGGCCCCUGGAUGGAGAGUUACGCUGGACCUUAUGGAGACAUGCGUUUGGAGACUGCUAGAGACCAUGUUCUGCCCAUCGAUUAUUAUUUUCCACCUCAGAAGACCUGCCUUAUCUGCGGAGACGAAGCUUCCGGCUGUCACUAUGGAGCACUCACUUGUGGAAGCUGCAAAGUCUUCUUUAAGAGAGCUGCUGAAGGGAAGCAGAAGUACCUGUGUGCCAGCAGAAAUGAUUGCACUAUCGAUAAAUUCCGAAGGAAAAAUUGUCCGUCUUGUCGCCUCCGGAAAUGCUAUGAAGCAGGGAUGACUCUAGGAGCCCGGAAGCUGAAGAAACUUGGCAACCUGAAACUACAGGAAGAAGGGGAGGCUUCAAGUUCCACCAGCCCCACUGAGGAACCAACUCAGAAGCUGACAGUGUCACACAUCGAAGGCUAUGAGUGUCAACCCAUCUUUCUGAAUGUCCUGGAAGCCAUUGAGCCAGGAGUGGUGUGCGCUGGACAUGACAACAACCAGCCUGACUCCUUUGCAGUCUUGCUUUCUAGCCUCAAUGAAUUGGGCGAGAGACAACUUGUACAUGUGGUCAAGUGGGCCAAGGCCUUGCCUGGUUUCCGCAACUUACAUGUGGAUGAUCAGAUGGCAGUCAUUCAGUAUUCCUGGAUGGGUCUCAUGGUGUUUGCCAUGGGCUGGCGAUCUUUCACCAAUGUCAACUCCAGGAUGCUCUACUUCGCACCUGACUUGGUUUUCAAUGAGUACCGCAUGCACAAGUCCCGGAUGUAUAGUCAGUGUGUCCGAAUGAGGCACCUAUCCCAAGAGUUUGGAUGGCUCCAAAUCACCCCCCAGGAAUUCCUGUGCAUGAAGGCGUUGCUUCUGUUCAGCAUUAUUCCUGUGGAUGGGCUGAAAAACCAAAAAUUCUUUGAUGAGCUUCGAAUGAACUACAUCAAGGAACUUGAUCGUAUCAUUGCAUGCAAGAGAAAAAAUCCCACAUCCUGCUCAAGACGCUUCUACCAGCUCACCAAGCUCCUGGACUCUGUGCAGCCUAUUGCACGAGAGCUUCAUCAGUUCACUUUUGACCUGCUGAUCAAGUCCCACAUGGUGAGCGUGGACUUUCCAGAAAUGAUGGCAGAGAUCAUCUCUGUGCAAGUGCCCAAGAUCCUUUCUGGGAAAGUCAAGCCCAUCUAUUUCCACACACAGUGAAGCUUUAAAAGUCCCCACACCUACCCUAGUACCCUUUCCAGGUGUAUUCUGCCUGCUAUAACUCUGCACUACUUCUCUGCAGUGCCUUGGGGAAUUUCCUCUAUUUAUGGUAGUCUGUUAUGCAGAUAUUCCUGAGUUC